AUGGGUCUUGAGAUAGAACAACCAUGUGUUCACCUUUCAAACAUUGCAGUUUCUGAUACUCAUGGUGAAAACUCACCUUACUUUGCUGGAUGGAAAGCCUAUGAUGAAAACCCUUAUCAUCACUUAACCAACACUACCGGAGUUAUACAAAUGGGAUUGGCUGAGAAUCAAGUUUCAUUUGAUUUGGUAGAAAAGUACUUGGAAGAGCACCCAGAGGAUUAUAAGGGUUUUAGAGAGAAUGCAUUAUUUCAAGACUAUCAUGGUCUUAUAUCAUUCAGAACUGCAAUGGCAAGUUUCAUGGAACAAAUAAGAGGUGGUAGAGCCAAAUUUGAUCCUCAAAGGAUUGUAAUUACUGCUGGAGCAACUGCUGCCAAUGAGCUCUUAACUUUCAUUCUUGCUAACCCCGGUGAUGCUUUGCUUGUUCCUACACCUUACUAUCCAGGGUUUGAUAGAGAUUUAAGGUGGAGAACUGGUGUAAACAUAGUGCCAAUUCACUGCAACAGCUCUAACAAUUUCCAAAUUACACCACAUGCUUUACAAGCUGCUUACAAAGAAGCUGAAUCAAUGAACAUGAAAGUGAGUGGAGUGCUAAUCACAAACCCUUCAAACCCUUUAGGUAUAACAAUUCAGCGUCAAGUUCUAGAACAAAUUCUUGACUUUGUCUCACAAAAGAAUAUCCACCUCAUCUCAGACGAAAUCUACUCGGGCUCAGUCUUUUCUUCCACCGAGUUCAUAAGCGUGGCUGAAAUUCUCGAAGCUCGUAAUUACAAAGAUGCUGAGAGAGUUCACAUUGUUUACAGUCUUUCUAAAGACCUCGGUCUACCUGGUUUUAGAGUUGGAACAGUUUAUUCAUACAAUGAUAAGGUUGUGACAACAGCAAGAAGAAUGUCGAGUUUUACCUUAAUAUCCUCACAAACACAACAGUUUUUGGCUAAUAUGCUAUCAGACAAGGAAUUUACGGAGAAGUACAUUAAAAUUAAUAGGGAGAGAUUGAAGAAGAGAUAUGAAAUGAUAGUAGAAGGGUUGAAAAGUGUUGGAAUAGAGUGUUUGAAAGGGAAUGCAGGGUUGUUUUGUUGGAUGAAUAUGAGUCCACUUUUGAAGGAGUCAAGUAAGGAAGGUGAAUUAGAACUUUGGAAUGUGAUACUGAAAGAAGUGAAAUUGAAUAUAUCACCGGGGUGUUCAUGUCAUUGUUCAGAAGCAGGUUGGUUUAGAGUGUGUUUUGCAAAUAUGAGUGAAGAAACUCUCGAAAUUGCAUUAAAAAGAAUUCGUAAAUUCAUGGAAAAAAGAACAAAGACAAAGAAAGAAUAA